AUGGCCUCCCAAAUGGGCACCAUCGCCCAGCUGCUGGAUGCAACUUUAGAUCCUGGCACUCACAAGAAAGGUACACCAACCAUCCCGCUCGCUGCCUUCUACCCCGCCAACUUUGUUUCCGAGCAAGCCCUCAAGACCGAGCAAGGCAAGCCGCAAUACUCCCUCCACUUGCUCAACAUCGUCGCCUCAGAACCUCUUCCUCUCAAGACUCGUCUAGCCGCCGCCCUGGCCUUCAAGAACUUCAUCCGCUCCAACUGGGUCGAUGCCGACGGCAACUACAAGCUCCCCGGCGAUGAGGUGCAAACAAUCAAGUCUCAGCUUAUUGGCUUGAUGAUUUCUUGCCCACCCACCAUUCAAACCCAACUCGGCGAUGCUAUCAGCAUCAUCGCCGACUCAGACUUCUGGGAGCGUUGGCAAACACUGACCCAGGAGCUCGUCGAACGUUUCUCCCCUGUCGACCCCAAGGUUAACAUUGGUGUCCUCGAAGUCGCCCACUCCAUUUUCGUCCGAUGGCGUCCUCUGUUCAGAACCGACGACCUCUAUACCGAGAUCAACCAUGUCAUCAGCACUUUCGCGCAGCCCUUCGUGCAACUGCUGGUGCAGACCGACGAGCAGAUUACUAAGAACACUCAGAACAAGGAUGCCCUCAAGAGCUGGUUCGAGGCCCUGAGCCUGAUGAUCAAGAUUUUCUACGAUCUCUCCUCCCACGACAUGCCUCCGAUCUUCGAGGAACACCUGGCUUCCAUUUCCGAGCUUCUCCACAAGUACCUCACGUACACGAACCCGAUCCUCGAGACCGAUGACGACAGCGAAGUCAGUGUUAUCGACACCGUCAAGGCGGAUAUCUGUGAGGCUCUGGAGCUCUACACGCUCAAGUACGACGAGGACUUUGGAAAGUACACCGAACCCUUCAUCACCAACGCCUGGAAUCUUCUCUCCAGCACCGGGGCCGAGACCAAGUACGACUUGCUGGUCAGCAAGGCUCUGCACUUCUUGACUGCUGUCGCUGGCACGUCGCAACACUCGGGUGUCUUCGCCGAUGAGAACGUUCUGGGUCAAGUAGUCGAGAAGGUUAUUCUGCCUAACGUUGCUCUGCGCGAAUCCGACUUGGAGCUGUUCGAGGAUGAGCCUAUUGAGUACAUCCGUCGGGAUUUGGAGGGCUCGGACACUGAUUCCAGACGCCGGUCUGCCACUGAUUUCUUGAGGAGACUUCAGGAGAAGUACGAGCAGCUGGUCACUGGCGUUGUCUACAAGUACAUCAACCACUACUUGGAGCAGGGCAAGUCUGAUUGGAAGGCAAAAGACACAGCUGUAUACCUGUUCAUCUCGAUUGCUGCCAAGGGCUCGGUUACGGCUGCUCAGGGUGUCAAGACAGUCAACUCGUUGGUCAACGUUGUUGACUUUUUUGAGCAGCACAUUGCAGCGGACCUGAUGGCCAGCGGAGGCGUCGAGCCCAUCUCAAAGGUCGACGCCAUCAAGUACCUGCACACGUUCCGCAGUCAAUUGACAAAGGAGCAAUGGAAGUUGGCGUUCCCCCCUCUGAUCCAGAACCUGGCUUCUGACAACUAUGUUGUCUACUCGUAUGCUGCCAUUGCGGUUGAGCGUCUGCUCUUUCUGACGGAUGAUUCCGGCAAGGCCAUGUUCCCCCGCGAGGACAUUCAGCCCUUCGCCAAGGACCUGCUUGACCACCUGUUCAAGUUGAUCGAGAAGGAGAGGACGCCUGCCAAGUUGCAAGAGAACGAGUUUCUGAUGCGAUGUGUCAUGAGAAUUCUCAUUGUCCUCAAGGAUGGAGCUGCACCUCUCGUCGACGGUGUCCUGAAUCACUUGGUUGCUAUCACCAACAUGAUCAAGCAGAACCCCAGCAACCCGCGCUUCUACUACUACCACUUCGAGGCUCUCGGUGCACUCGUCAGAUAUUGUUCCUCAACGCAUGCGUCUCUGUUCAAUCAGCGUCUCUGGGAGCCGUUCAACCAGAUUCUGGUUGAGGACGUUACUGAGUUUUUACAGUACAUCUUCCAGAUCCUCGCGCAGCUCUUGGAGUCAAGCCCUGCAGAUGCCAUCUCGGACAACUACAAGGCUUUCCUGUCUCCUCUUCUCGAGCCGGCGCUCUGGGACACCAAGGGCAACGUCCCGGCCUGUACCCGACUUCUAUCAUCAAUCAUACCAGCGACUGCAGCCUACAUUGUUUCCGACAACAAGCUCGAGCAGAUUCUGGGUAUCUUCCAGAGACUUCUCGCCCUCAAGAAGUACCAGCUGUACGCUUUCGACGUCUUGGAGGCUAUUGUGAAGUCUCUCGAGCCCGGUGUUGUCGACCAGUACUUUGGUACUAUCCUCAGCUUGAUCUUCGCCAAGCUGCAGGGCAACCCUCCCGACUCACUGAAGCUCCGCUUCGCUCGGUUCUUCCAUCUCGUCUCGGCCCGCGUCGAGGUUGGUUAUGGAGCCGACUACUUCAUGAAGCACUCUGAGAAGAUCCAAGAGGGCAUCUUUGCCAAGGUGUACCCGCCGUUUGUCCUGGCCGAGACAGAGAAGCUGGCACGCCCUGUUGACCGUAAGCUUGCAGUGGUCAGUCUUACCAAGACUCUCUGCGAGUCGCAGGCUUUCGCACAGAAAUUCGCCAAGGGCUGGGCCAACACAUGCAAGAUCCUUCUCGCUCUGCUGGUGAACCCGCCUGUGGUGUCGGCUGGUCUUGGUGACGAGCUCAUCGCCGAGGCUGACGUUGACGACAUUGGCUUUGGUCUGUCUUACACGGCGCUUAACACCUGCAAACCGAUUGCGCGCGACGAUUACCCGGAGGUCACCGCGGUGGCUCCCUGGGUUAGCGCGUACAUCAGCUCCGCCAACCAGCGCCACAACGGUGCCAUCGUCAACUUUGUCAACACGCGUCUGACGCCCGAGCAGCAGCAAGCACUGCAGCAGUACUUGCAAUAG